AUGGCGCCCUUGGCUGCACAAUGCCGCAUCAGCCGAAGCACGGCAAGACGUUCCCAGGUCGCUGCAGCGGCAGUUGCUGCUCUUGUGGCAAUUUCGAACAGGGGAGUCAUCAGCUUCGCAACAGUGUUUGCAAGUCCAUUUCGAGACAUUUACAUUGCAGGCUGCCCAAAUCGUGGCUCAGUCCUGGUUGGAGUUCCUUUCGAGUGUCGCCGCCACCGAUGUACAGAGCUUUCAAGGUGUGCGACGGCAGCAUACAGUGACCCGAGUGCGGAUUUGGUUGGACCUGAUCCGUCAGUGGCCGGACAACUGCGGGCCUUGGGCCGCUUGCUGCGCUCUGCCUCGGGGCGCCUGGUGGCGGCCGCCCAGGCUUCCACUGCUGGGGCGUAUCUUCCUUCCGACUUCGGUGAGCUCCGGGUGCUAAGCUGCGGCACGGCCAUGCAAGGUACAGCAGAAGCGCUGCUGGCGGAGCAAUGGCACGAGGCGCAAAAGCGUAUAUGUGACAUGCCAAGUCAAUGCAAUGCACUCUUGUGCAAAGACGACCUGAAGGCUCUGCAAUCCGUUCUCUCUGGAUGGCAGCCGGGCAACGAACUGCGGGAUGCCCUUCAAGCGGUGGGCAAGAAACUCGAGGCAGCAACCGAAACCGCCGACGAAGCGUUGAAAGACGUGCUGUUCGAAUUGGCGGCAGCGGUGCAUGCCGGAUCUCGACUUUUCAUCUCUCAGCCUGCCGCCAAAAGGCCUGCUGCGAAUGACAACCAGCAAUCCCUCUUUCAGCAGAUCGAGCGAUCCGUUUCACAGGUCCCGGUGAAGGAGCAGCAGGCAUACCUCCGCGAACUUGCCAAGCGCUACCAUCCAGAUAGGAACCCUGGGAGGGAAGUGGAAGUCCUCCCAGCCUUCUUGCAUGUGCAGUACCUUCGCAACAUGUUCCGACAAUGGAAUUAA